AUGGCUUUGAAGGAUGGUGAUGCUGCUGAGGAGUGGGAGCCACGAUGGGAUGAAGAGGAGGAAGAUGAUGAUGAUAGCGAAUUGAGCUGUUGUGAAUCUUUCCCGAGUGACGAUGUGGCCUACGAUAGCGAUUUUGGGUCUGCGGAAUCGGAAACGGCAGCGCCCUCGACGCCUGAAAGAGACAUAACUGGGGCCGAGGUUCAAUGGGCGUUAAGGAGGCAUCCAGGCAAUAGGGCUGCUACCGACCCUCAGGGUAUACCAUGGGAGAGGUUUGCGAUAAAUCGGUUCGACUAUCGCGAGCGUCGAGUACAAGAUUUCUCAAACUAUAAUAAUGUGACAUGGAACGAUGCUUUAGAGAAGAGGAGGAAGCAUGCCAUAACGGAGAUGGAACGUGUGGACCUGUGUUAUUAUCGUUUCUGUCGAAGCUACCGUGGUGAGCCCUCCGUGUGGAGACUCAAUCCCACGGUUGAUCAUUUCCAACUACGUCACCUCACAGUGCCGACUGCCAACAAUGUUGUUUAUGUUGUGUGUAACUCUACGUUGUAUCGUUUUGAUACUCUGACGGGCGCCGCUGAGACGAUACAUUCCCAGCCGGUUCACACUCUGUCGAGUAUUGAUGUUAAUCGGGGCUUUGCGGUUUCGGGAGGAUUCGACUCGACAGUGAUCGUAUCGAGAACACAUGAUGCUGGAGAGGUGCUGAGAGCGCGUAUGAGCGACGCGAAUAAUAACAUUACUAACUACUCUUUGAUUCUCCCGACUAACGGGUAUUUUUCUCCGGAAGUGUCCAAGGAUGAGAAGCCUCUCCAACGGCGGAUAUUUGGUGGUACUUCGGUGGAUGGGGAACCUUCGAUCGGCUGUGGGGAAGGAGGUUAUGGCUUUGAUGAUGUAUUCAUGACGCCACUGGGAGAGGAGGAGGAGGAGCAUGUUGGAAGUAGCGAGAGGAGGUACCCAAGGAUGGACCUGGACGGCACUAUCUUUGAAGAACACUUGUUGAGAAAGUUCUCAAAUAGUGUUUACAACCAAUUCCUCGAUAGUCAGGAGUUCUACAGGAUGGGCUGUGAUCCCCUGCAUCUGAUAGUUGCCAACAACGACCGAGUCCUGCGCGAUAUCGACGUCACACAAGGAGGAGCUGUCGUCUCUGAGGCCACGUACUCCUGGUCGGUGAAUCACGUCUCUGUGAACCCUCGAGACUCCCGCGUGUUGUGCGCCUCGGGAGACGACAAGGCUGUUAUAAUAUCGGACCGUCGGAAUUCGUCUAAGUUGCAGAGAGCGAUGGUGUUGAAGGGCCAUCUGGACUACGGCUUUUGUUCUACAUGGCAUCCAGAUGGCAAUCUAUUGGCCACUGGAAAUCAGGACGGCACUUGUCGUGUAUGGGACAUACGCAAUCUGAAGCAGGAGCAACCACUGCGGUCGUUGGGUACGGUAUUGGGGGCGGUCAGGACCUGCCAUUUCUCUAGAGAUGGGAAGUUUCUGGCUUUUGCUGAGCCGGCUGAUUUGGUGCAUGUAGUGGACACCCAGUCGGACUUUACGUGCGAGCAGGUGGUUGACAUAUUUGGCAACGUAGCGGGUUUGGGCUUCAGCCCGGAUUCGAGCAGAUUGUUCAUCUCCGUCAGCGAUUCCCUUUUUGGGUGUUUGAUGCAGUUGAAUCGAGAUGUGGUGACGAGCCCUGAAAGCCUGAGUUUUUGA